AUGGGGAAAGGAACUGACAAACUCUACAUAACUCACUCUGAAUGGGCCUCGUCCGAUGCCUACUCAGCCAGCGCCGGCGCUGGCGUGCGCGCUGACACCUCCCAACACGCCGCCUUUAAACGACUACCCUACAACUUCUGCGCGCUGAGUCUGCAGCCCUUCACCACGCCUGUCUGCACCGCCGAAGGCAUCAUAUUCGACCAUGAGAACAUCCUGCGGUGGCUGCUGAAACACGACACGAAUCCGACGAAUGGAAAGCCCUUGAAGCAGCAAGAUCUCAUAAAACUGAACUUUGCAAAGAACGACAGCGACGAGUAUGUCGACCCCGUCACGUUCAAGGUCUUCACGGACAACACGCACAUCGUCGCGGUGCGCCACGGAGAAUCGGCCAAUGUCUUCGCGUAUGACACGGUCGAGCGGCUGAAUAUAAAACCCAAGAUGUGGCGCGAUUUGGUCUCGGACGAAGAGUUCACCAGGAAAGAUCUGAUUACCCUGCAAGACCCGCAAAACCUGGAGUCACGCAACCUCACCUCGUUCAAGUACCUGAAAGAUGGCGAAGAUUCGGGAAUUCCCAAAGAGGAAGCGUCGAUUAAUACCGCGAGCUUGGGUAGUGCUGCGGAUCUCAAGAUCAUGAAAGCUAAAGAAGCGGUUGCGAAAGCCAGAGCCGAGCGAGCAAAUGCUGCCGGACAAAACAGUAAAUCCUUAUCGGCGGCAACGUCGACCAACUCGGUCAAGAAAACCAGCUCAACAUCCCAGUCGUCCAAAACAAUACCUUACAAUGCAACCCGGCACACAACCGGCCAGGCCGCCGCGUCUUUCACCUCCACCGGCCUCACGCCGCACACGUCAAACGCGCUCGCAACAAUGACAGACGAAGAAUAUAUACUCAAACCCCGACGCGUCAAACACAAAGGCUACGUCCGGUUAACCACCACCCUCGGGCCCCUGACAUUAGAACUCAACCCCGAAUAUGCGCCGAAAGCGGUGUGGAACUUUGUCAAGCUGGCGCAAAAGGGAUACUACGAUGGCAUCAUUUUCCACCGCAACAUCCGCAACUUCAUGAUCCAGUCGGGAGAUCCAACGGGGACGGGCAGGGGCGGAACCAGCAUAUGGGGCAAAAAUUUCAAUGACGAACUCGAAGGCCCGCUCAAGCACGACAAGCGAGGCGUGCUGAGCAUGGCGAACAAGGGUAAGAACACCAACAGUUCGCAGUUCUUCAUCACCUACCGCCCGGCCAGCCACCUGGACCACAAACACACCAUCUUUGGACGCGUCGCCGAGGACGCUGACGACGGAGGUGAUUCAAUGGAGACGCUCAAGCGGCUGGAAAACGCCCCCGUGGACAGCACCGACCGACCCACCGAGGAGAUCAAGAUCGUCGAGGCCACGGUGCUGAUCGAUCCGUUUGACGAGUUCUGGAAGCAGAAGAACCAGGCCGAGCGGACCGAGAAGGAGAAGUCGGACCGGAAAAACGCCGCCGUAACGGCGGACCAGGGGAGUCUCGCCGUAGACGAGGACCGCACCACGUGGACGGGCAAGAGGAUACGUGACGACGGCACCGUGGAUUCCGGCGGCGGGCCCGGUCAGGUCGGGAAAUACCUCAAGGCGUCACUGUCCAGGCACGGCCAGGACAAUGACGAGGACGAGAUUGUCGAGGUCAUUGACGAGGAGCCCGAGCAGCCCGUGCGGAAAAAGACAAAAGGCGGAGGCCGAGGCGGCGGGUUUGGAAACUUUGAUUCAUGGUGA